CCCUGCAGUUUCGGUGCCGCCCCCCUCCCUCAGUGUCUAUAAAACGAGUGCACACCCUGCUGUCAACAAACUGAGAACACGCCUGCAGGCACUGAGCAGUCUGACCAUCCAACCACCAGAUUAUUACGCUUUUACUCCCUGGGAUUAAUUUCUGAUUUGCGAACAUGAUUCCUGAGGAAAGCUUCGGCUCCGUGCAGAGCAGCAGGAUGCAGUCCACAGGUCUGGCCCUGGAGGAGCUGCUGGUGACGGCUCAGAAACAAGACUGCCUGACUGUCGGUAUCUACGAAUCAGCAAAGCUUCUCAAUGCAGAUUCAGACAGUGUGGUUCUGUGCGUCCUGGCAGUGGACGAUGAGGACGACGUGGCCCUGCAGAUCCACUUCACGCUGCUUCAGGCCUUCUGCUGUGACACCGGCAUCGACAUCCUGCGUGUCGCCGGGGUCCAGCGGCUCCAGCAGCUUCUGGGAGGUGCAGACGCAAACAGGAACCAGGAGGAGAGCAGAGACCUGCACUGCAUGCUGGUCACGAACCCUCAGGUGGACCAUUGCAGGCUACAGGAAGUGGAGACGUACUGCCAGGAGAGUCGCCGUCUUCACCAGUGGGUGCCGGAACUGGUCCUGCAGGAACGCUGACGCUGAAAUGAACCCAGAAAUUCUCUGGGUUUAUGCAUCAAUGACGUGAAGGAUGUUGAUUCUCAAGCAGCAGAAGCCUUGAGCGGACUGAAGCCAGCAUGCUGUUCAGGCUGAUGACGAGCAGGAGCCACAGCUUCCCUUGCAGUCGCUGUGAAACCGCUGGACGGUUGUGCAAAGGCCAGAAAAGGAGUUGGACAUUCAGUUACCACGAAGCACAAAACUAACUCUGUAAUUCUGGCGUCUGUCUGGGAACUAUGCUUAGUCAUUACGAGGGAGCAGCCGCUUCGAUAGUAAAUAUUCCACACCCCGGCUUGUACCUGGAUGAUCUGUGUGCUUACUGUCCCGACAGGCAUGCUGUAAUAGUGGAACUACUGUACACCCAGCAUUCCUGAGUGUGAUGGGAGAGUCUGCAGAGAACGGGGCGUGUGAUUGUGUGUGAAAGUGUGGUAUGCCUAGUAUCUUUCUUUAGAAAAGAAUGGGUGUGCUAUGAACAGCUGAACUUGUGGAGGAGUGAUUACUAUGGAAACUGAAAGGACAAAGACUCGCAGGACUUGCUGGCGUUGCAGAAGCAAGAAAGAAACUGCAAGAAGAAGCGCUCAGGACCAGAUGUGUUGUAGAAUGAACCGUCUGAACAAAACGAGUUUAAACAGCAUCACUGUGCCUUCGAGACUUGCUGUUUUAGAUAAUAAUACGAAGUGGCGACACUUUUAAUUUAUUUUUUGUGUCUGUUGUUGUUUUAUUUUCUC